AACUUGCUUGGGAUUUAGAGCCUUGUUCAUUUUAUUUCACGUUCCAGCUCGUUACCGAUGUUUCAAUCUCGCUGGCCAAGACGAUUCCCCGUAUAUAUCGAGCACAGCCUGCCAGUGUUGGCUGAUGCUUUUCUAUAGAACGUUGCAUUCUCCCCCGGUUCCUUGUCAAGCCCGGCCUAAGCUUUGCCCAGUUCAGGACUUCCCCCACCGCACCCACUAUCGAAUGUGGGUAGUCCAACCCCGAUCUCAUUUAAGUUGGGAUGGGAUUACCAUUGUGGCUCGCCUCCCCGACACUUAUUCGCUUGCUUUGCCUCCCCUUGUUCUCCUCCUUUCCUUUGCCAUCUGGACGACUGCACUGCGACUAAACGAAGUACGAGCCGCACCCCCUGAGGUGGACCGUUGGAGAGCGCCCAUCGUCGUGGCCUGGGCGGGUCCAUUCUAGGUACUUGCAAAGUCUACUUCCGCGGGAAACACCAGCCAGCCGGAGGCGUCUCUUUUUCCCCCUCUCCUUUCCAAACCUUUAUACUCGCCCAGU